AUGGCGACCUCUAAUGACGGAGAUGCGGAUACCAACCCUCCGGCUAAGCGACGCAGGACCGAUGACGAUACAGACGUCGAUUCGUCGGCAAGUGCAAAGAACCGGGCAAACAGGUCUGACUCCACCGCACAUAACACGCCCUAUAUUGACGAGGACUUCUAUUCCAGACAACUCUACGUGCUCGGGCGCGAUGCUAUGGAGCUGAUAGCGCAGUCAGACGUGCUCAUCUCAGGCCUGGGUGGCCUCGGAGUAGAGGUGGCCAAGAACGUCAUUAUGGCUGGGGUGAGGUCAGUGACCCUUCACGAUGACACGGUGUGCACCCGAGUCGACCUCUCAUCUCAGUACUACCUGAACGAGGAAAACGUAGGGCAGAAUCGAGCCGAGGCUUGCGAAGAGCCGCUGGCACGACUCAACGAGUACGUUCGAGUCACAUCCCACACUGAGCCACUGAAUGCAGAAUUUCUAAGGCGGUUUAAUGUGGCGGUGUUGACAGAGACGCCAUUGGAUGAACAGGAGUCUAUCGCUGUCAUCGCUCGUCGCAACAACGUAGCUCUCAUUGUCGCCGACACCCGUGGACUCGCUGGGCAGAUCUUCUGCGACUUCGGCGACAGCUUCCGCGUGACCGACACGAAUGGAGAGCAACCGCUGUCUGUUCCUAUAGGCUCCAUCACGAAGGAAAAAGAAGGCGUAGUUACCUGCCUAGACGAAACGCGUCACGGUUUUCAAGACGGGGAUCACGUCACCUUCUCUGAAGUGAAAGGCAUGAACGAGAUCAACACUUACCCACCGAUGAAAGUCAAGGUGCUAAGCCCGACGGAAUUCUCCGUGGGUGACACGACGCAGUUUGGCGAUUACAGCUCAGGCGGCGUCGCAACGCAAGUUAAAAUGCCAAAGGACGUAAAGUUUAAGCCUUUCGAGGAGUCCAUGGUAAACCCAGACUUCGUUGUGUCAGAUUUCGCGAAGCUGGAUCGCCCUGCGCAGCUCCACUUGGGUUUCCAAGCCCUUCACGUCUUUGAACUGUACUGUUCACGCCCACCAAAGCCAUGGAACAAGGAAGACGCAGAAACAGUGGUCACUUUGGCCAAGAAUCUGAACGCAACGAUGGCCACACCGCUGGAAACCGUGGACGAGGAACUAAUAACGACGCUCUCCUGCGUAUCUGCCGGUUCCUUGUGUCCCAUGCAUUCGAUUAUCGGAAGCAUCGCCGCGCAGGAAGUUCUGAAGGCGUGCAGUGGCAAGUUCAACCCCAUCCAGCAGUGGUUCUACUUCGAUGCUUUCGAGUGCCUACCGCAAGAUGUAGACGUACUGGAAUCGGACGCCAUUGCCAUGGAACACUCGAGGUAUGCUGGGCAAGCUCGUGUCUUUGGCAGAAGCGUGCAAAAACUGCUGAUGACUCAGACAUACUUUGUGGUGGGCGCCGGAGCCGUCGGCUGCGAACUACUUAAGAACUUUGCGAUGAUGGGCAUCGGUGUGGACGAUGGCUACAUAUACGUCUCUGAUAUGGACGUCGUUCAGCGCUCAGACCUCAAUACGCAGUUCCUGUUGCGGUCCCAAGACGUAGGCGCUUCGAAGUCUGUCAUGGCCGGGCAAACCAUCGUCGAAAUUAAUGACGACAUCAACCUCGCCGUCAGUGUGGACAAAGUGGCUCCGGAAACAAGUACAUGCAGCGACGACUUCUUCGAAUCUUUAGACGGCGUGGCCAUCGCGGUAGACAACGUCGAGACGCGCCACUACAUGGACCAGUGCUGCGUUCACUACGGGAAGCCGCUGAUCGAUUCCGGCAUCAUGGGCACAAAAGGAAGCGUGCAGGUGGUUGUACCGAAAAUAACCGAGACUUACUCGGCCUCCAAGGACCCGCCUGAUAAGCUGGUACCAGCCGAUGCCAUCAAGCACUUUCCCUCCAGUAUCGAGCACAUCCUGCUGUGGGCCCGUGAAGAAUAUGAUGUCCUGUUCGAGCGGAGUGCUGCAAAUUCUUUGCAGUGUUUAGAAGAUCCGAAAUUUCUUCCAAGGGCCCUGGAAGCACUGCAGCUCAAGGAAAAAGUGGCCCUGGUGAGAGAAAUAAAGGACACCCUAGUGGACGGUCAAGCGUCCGUCUUCGACGACUGCGUCUCUUUCGCCAGGCUACGCUUCCAGGAGCAGUACGAUGACCAGAUACGACAGCUGCUACGCGUCCAUCCCGAAAAUGAGAUAACAGCUUCUGGCGCCCCUUUCUGGUCUGGCCACAGACGAUGUCCCCACCCAAUCGAAUUCAACCCCAAGAACACGCUGCACAUGGACUACAUCGUGGCGGCGGCUAACUUGCGGGCAGCAAUGUACGGCAUCGAACGCAAUACCGACCGCGAAGAGAUCGCCGAUAUGCUCGAAAGUGGCGAGGCUCCGGCACAAUGCCUGCAAGAGGAAAACAUCCCGGAGGCCGUCAUCGACGCGAACCCACCACCAACCAGUGUCGCAAAACCAGAUGAUGACAAAGUGCUCGCGAAACUUCUAGAGGAGCUUUCCAAACAGAAGAACCGCGAUGACGUGUCACUCAGUACGAUGGAGUUCAAUGCAGAAGACAACAACAACUUUCACUUGGAUUUCAUUUUGGCUUCCUCCAACCUUCGCGCCGCCAACUAUAACAUCGAGCCGUCUGACCGGCUCAAGAGCAAGCUCAUCGCGGGAAAGGUCAUGCCAGCUAUCGUCACAACAGCGUCACUGGUCGCGGGCCUAGCGUCCCUCGAGCUGUACAAGCUAGCUCAAAGACACGACGAACCUAAGCUAUUCAAGGAUGGGUUUGUGAACUUGGCGCUGCCUUUCUUCUGCUUUGCGGAACCUGUAGUGCCGAUACAGAAAACGUAUAACGACCAGGAAUUCACGGUGUGGGACUACCUCGAAGUUGAAGGCGAGAUUACCCUACGCGAGUUCCUCGAAUAUUUUCAGAACAAGUACAAGGUCAACAUCGUCGAGCUAUCCGAAAGAGGCCGAACACUGUAUGUCACUUCUCUGCCGUCGCUCGCUAGUCACCUAGAACUAUCCAUGAGCGAGCUGGUGGAGGUGGUGUCCCAAAAAGAGAUCGACCCAGACAAGCGCUUCUUGGUGUUUGACCUCAAGUGUCAAGACGCCAGUGGUCAGGACGUGGAGCUUCCACGAGUACGCUACGACCUGCCGAGAUAG